ACACAUUAACCGACGGUGAUCAAAAGUCCAGGCUGUAGACUGUGGGAGUUUUAUUUUAUUUUUUUAAACAAAUUAGCCUUUUAUAUUGCACGAACUGCAGGUUGAGGUGAUGUUGAUGAGUGUAUUCAGGUGCCUUAGGACCAACCCUGUUGCAGGCCUCAGGAGCAUGUCUCAAAGCAGCCUUGCUGGAAAGGUGGCCAUCGUCACUGCCUCCACAGAUGGAAUUGGUCUGGCCGUAGCUCAGGGGCUGGGAAAGAGAGGCGCUCAUGUGGUGGUGAGCAGCCGGCGGCAGGCCAACGUGGACAAAGCUGUGAAGCUGCUGCAGAGCCAGAGCAUCCAGGUGACCGGGACCACCUGUCAUGUUGGCAACAGGGAAGACCGAGAGAAACUGGUUCAAACGACUCUGGAUCAGUUUGGGGGCAUCGAUAUCCUGGUGUCCAAUGCAGCGGUUAACCCUUUCAUUGGAAACAUCAUGGACUCCACAGAGGACAUCUGGGACAAGAUCAUGUCCAUUAACGUGACGUCAGCCUUCCUCAUGACUAAGCUGGUGGUGCCUCAUAUGGUGAAGAGAGGAGGUGGGAGUGUCGUAUUUGUGUCUUCUGUGGCUGCGUACCAACCAAUGCAGGUCAUCGGUGCGUACAGUGUGAGUAAGACGGCGCUGCUGGGUCUGACCCGGGUCCUGGCCCCUGAGCUGGCUCCCAGUAACAUUAGAGUCAACUGCGUGGCCCCUGGAAUCAUCAAGACCCACUUCAGCGCUGGGUUAUGGCAAAAUAAAGACAUGCUGGAGGAGCUCAUGAAGCAGAUCAGCAUUAAAAGAAUCGGACAGCCGGAGGACAUCUCUGGAGCGGUCGCCUUCUUGUGCUCCGAUGAGGCUUCCUACAUCACUGGAGAGACCAUCGCGGUGACGGGAGGAUGGGGCUGUCGACUCUGAAGCUCCAGUGGCAACAAAGAACCCCACUACUCCAGUAUAACAAAGCUAUAUUAAAGGGACAGUUCACCCCAAAAUCAGAAAUAUCUCCAACACUCUGCAACUCACACCAAAACUAUCUAUUUUGAUAAAAACAGUAGAGAUAAGAGGAAAACAUCCGUACAGGUGUUUGCCUUCUCUUCGGUAUAAUGGAACGAAAUGGCACUCAGCUUGUGGUGCUUAAAAAAUACACUUGAAAAAUUCAACAGCGAUGUCUUUUUCCAGAAAUUAUGAC